AUGGGUUUGGCGCGAGUGCGUGAGGCGCAGUGGAAGGAAGCCAACAGAAGCCUCGAAGAAGAGCUCAGACAGACGCAGAUCCAGUUAGCAGAGAAAGAUCGUCAGCUCAGGACUCUGAUGGAGGUUAACGAGUCCAUGACCCUCGAGGUUAGAAUUAUAGAAGACGAUCUGACUCGCCUUAGGGAGAUCCUUCAGUUUAUGAAGGACCUUGUCCAGUUAGAGACAGACACCGAGGUGAAGACCGAGGUGGAGGCCGAGGUGAAGGUUGAGGCUAAGGUGGAGGCUGAGGUGGAAACCAAGGUGAAUACCAAGGAUACCAAGGAGCGAGAGGCGCAGUGGACAACAAGGUGGGCAACACAAACACCUGCAGAUGUUGCUUUGCUGAUUCUGCACAAAAUGGCCUCCAACGAGUCUGGGUCUUAG